AUGAGAAUUAUAUUUGAGGAAGAAAACGUUUUAGUUCAUGGAAAUGCAGUGCCAGAGUCGGGAAGAAUCAGUAUAAUUGAGCAUGAUAGUUCGCAAAGAAGAGAAUUUGUUUGGGAGCCGAUCGCCGCUGGAGAUUGGACCUUUCUCGGCGGCUCCGCGUUCGACACCGGUUUCCGCCAAGACCUGAAUGACAUCUCCGAGUACUUCAAGCCAAAACGCAACGAUUCCGGCCUGCGAUACUUGGUCAUCAAGCUGCGCGACGGGGCAACUCUUCCAUCCCUUCACUUCGGCCCUGGAGGCAUCGAAAGGGUUGAAAGCGCGUUCCAGGCGUUUUUUGUUAUCAAGGAAGUAGGCUCUGGGCAAUACAAGCUUGAGUUAAUCGAAGAACCGAAAGAUGCUCGACUAUCGCUUUGGGAAGACGAUCCUGAACCGAGAAUCGCGUCUGGAAGAGAUGUUCUGAACCGCGGCUUUGGCAUUUUCUCAAAGAUCACAAGAGCCAUUUCGUCGAAUAUUCAAGAAGAAGUAGCAAGAAGCCCCAUUUCUCGAGCAUUUUUUAAUGAAGGUCAACCUGAACUGCCGCUGGAACGACCUGUGGUUAUUCGAGCAACGCUGGUGGAUGAAGAUGACUUCCGAGACUUUGUUUUGGCGGGACGGUACAAGGCGAUCAAAGAGAAGAUUUUCAGAGGUGGGCUGACGGGCGGAGCAAGACCUUUUGCCUGGAAACAGCUCUUGGGUUAUGAAAGCAUUAAAAAUCCUGAAGAAAAAUACCAUACUCUUCGAGCGCAAUGGGAAGGCCUAACAGCUGAGCAAGAGGAGUACUGUACAAUUCUUCGAGAACGAAGAAGCCUGAUUGCCAAAGAUGUCACUAGAACAGAUCCUCAUCGACUUAAUGCUGAGCAAAUCCAACGCCUUAGUGAGUUAUUGACGACUUACUGUAUCUACGACCAGGACAUCGGCUACGUCCAGGGAAUGUCAGACAUUGCCGUGGUUAUUUUGGACAUUUACCCAGACGACAUCGACGCAUUCUGGGUCUUUGCGAAAUUCAUGUAUCGAGUCCGCGGAAACUUUGAAAGAUCACAAGAAGCAAUCAAACGACAAUUCGAAGCGCUGCGACGAGUACUGGCCUUCACAGAUGGAGAAAUGGUGCGCUUCCUCGACAGAAAAGAGUCCGGACACAUGUAUUUUUGCUUCCCCUGGUUUCUCAUCCUUUUCCGCCGUCUUGCAACACACGAGACGCUGCCAACAAUUUGGGAUGCGUGGCUUUGCUCUCCCUGCGCGAAUUUCCAUCUUUUGAUCGCCGCCGCUGUCCUGGAUCUCAAACGAAAAGAAAUUAUGAACGAAGAGUUCGGCUACUGCGAGAUUCUCCAGGUCGUUAACAGGCUCAGCGGAAAUGUCGAUACAGACGAAAUCCUCGCGCGGGCGCAGUCACUCCUCGUUCAAAUCUCCCGUUCUCUCUCGACUCCUCCGAUUAUCAAGCAACUCCUGAACCUAUCCGAUUAG